CACCGGAUCAAACAUGGCAGCGACCUUGUGCAAUGCAUGAGAUUCUGAUGUAAAUUAUAAUAAUAAAAAGAAACGAAUGUUGAUAUGGUAGAUCUUUGCCUUGCUUAUUAAACUGUAUGUCUAGUCAUGUUGUCAAAAGUAAGGUACGUGUUUUUCGGGAUCGCUCGGACAUCAAACCUGACAGAUGUCUUGCAGAGCAACUUGAAGGUUCUUUCAGCGGGGUUGAGGACUUAUGAAGUACCACCAGACUUCAGUGAUGUGGUUUUACCAGACAGGCCUAAACUUAAGUUCCUCAAUAAGGUCCCAAACUUUAAAAAAGCAAAGAAGGAGAUGAAAAGGCUGCGCGACAUCCAGGGACCAGCCAAAGCGGCGAACACAUUCGUCAAAGGAGAAUUUGGCAUUGUGGCUAUGGGUGGAGGAUACCUGCACUGGGGUCACAUGGAGAUGAUUAGACUGACCAUUAACCGCCGCAUGGAUCCUCACACCACAUUCGCUCGCUGGCGCAUCAAUGCGCCAUACAAGCCCAUCACCCGUAAAGGGCUCGGUCAGCGUAUGGGUGGAGGAAAAGGGGCCAUCGACCACUACCUUACUCCGGUGAAAUGCGGCCGGUUGAUAGUAGAGGUCGGAGGUCGCAUCGAGCUGGCAGAAGUGGAGCCGGUGCUUACUGAGGUGGCCAAAAAGCUUCCCUUUCCAGCCAAGGUGGUGAGCAAAGAAAGUCUGGCAGCAUUACAGCAGGAACAGGCAGAGAAAGAGUCCAACAACCAGAACCCCUGGACAUUUCACAGGAUAGCACAGUCCAACAUGCUGGGCAUUCGCAAAGUCCUCAGCCCGUUUGACCUCCACAAUCACGGACGCUACACUGGGAAGUUUUUCAACCCAGGAAGAGUGUAGUUUGUUUCUGAGAUGAACAUCACACCGCUUCAGAUCUACUUUUCUCAGCACAUAGCUGAGGAGGAACUCUCUUUUCAAGCUAUUUGGAGCGGAUGUGGUGUAUUCAGAAUGUUUCUUUUGAUGGAAAAUUGAUUACACUUGCAUUUGUGUGGUCUGUUGUUUGUGUAUCAGAUACCAGCAGAUGAAGAUGCAGGUUUGAUAAAGGUGUCAAACAGGAAAGAUGGUCUACCAAAUGCUUUUCCAGUUUAACAGGAAACAAGAGUUUGUUGCACGGUUAUUAAACACAGGGUUUCAUAUUUAUUACAAUGUGUAAUA